AUGCCUAAACAAAAUCUAAAUAAUGCAAAAGAAACAUUAGUUGAUCAUGAUCACCAUUUUUUAAAUAAUCUAUGGGUAUAUAAAUGUAGAUUUCAUGGUGAGUCUGCAUAUUCAACUUUGACGCAAAUUUUGGAAGAUCCCAAAUGGGGUAAAAAGUGUUAUGAUCAAAAUCAACAAACAUAUAUCGUUCUUGAACAAUUAUCAAAUACUAAUAUCAAAAAUCAAGAUAAUGAUGAUAUUGAUCCUCUGGAGCAGUUAAAUAAUCAAAAAAAAACCCCCAAAAUUUUCUCAGG